AUGAAUGUUGACAACCACCCUCCAAGAACGCAGGAGGAAUUCAUGCAGGCGAUGGCCCACUUGCAACAUAAAAUGCAGCACAUUAAGCAAGAUCAAGCGGCAGCUCGGGGACCUGGUUUGGAACAUGUGGCUGCGGUAAGCAGAAUAUCUUUGCCGCCCUUUUGUAAGGAAAACCCCGCAUUCUGGUUCGCCAAGAUUGAGGCAGCUUUCGACAUCAAUCGAAUAACCAGCGACUCAACCAAGCUCAAACACGUCGUCCUCAACCUAGACUCUGCCGCGGAACCAUUUGUCAGUGACCUAAUAACAAAUCCCUCGGAACACGACAAAUACGCUGCAAUAAAAAGUAGGAUGCUCAGUAUGCUGGCCGAAACAAGUGAGUCGAAAAUGAGAAAGCUCCUUCGAGGCGCGCACAUAACAGAUCAGCGUCCUACCCAUCUGCUGCAAAACAUAAGAUCCCUGGCCGAGGGCCAGUCCAACGAUUCAAUUUUGCGUACACUUUUCCUUGACUACCUGCCAGAGCAAGUACGAACGCACCUACUCAUUAGUGAAACGACGGAUCUCAACAAACUUGCACAACAAGCGGAUAAAAUCACCGACAUUAUAGGCCUCACAAGGAGAGAUAUUUACGCGGUAGAGGACGAACAUUCACGCACACACACAGGCAGCAGCUCAGGUACCAACGUAAACACGGAGCUGAAAGACCUCAAAGAGUUGGUAAGACAACUAUCAAAACAAGUCGAGCAGCUCUGCAGGUCGCAGGAACAAAACAAAAGCCGGGCGCGUUCACGCUCACGAACGAGGGGCGAGCAACAAGAAAAACAAGAAAGCAACGACACAGAUCGUGGCCUUUGUUUCUUUCAUAAGAAGUUCGGAGACAAGGCAUAUAGAUGUAACUCACCGUGCGCGAUGAAAAACUCGCUGUCGGAAAACUAA